GAGUUGCAGAGUCACCGCAGUGGCUGAGCUGCUGACAGGAGGCGGCGGCGGAGGAGGAGGCGAGGCAAGACCUGCGGCUCCGCGGGGCCACUGCCGCGGUAGCUCUAGGCAACCCCACGGAGCUACGCCGGCCACAGUCAGCCCGCGAGCCCCUCGCCGCCCGUCCAUCCUUCCAUCCGCUUAUCCGCCCGACUGGUCCGGGGCGGCCUUGUCUGCAUCAUCUCUGACGGACUUCUGGGGCCGCCGCCCCGUGCGGUCCAGUCGGCGUCCCUGGCCGCGCCCGGCCCCUGGCCCGCUCGCCCGCCGGCACCAUGAUGGAGGAGAUCGACCGGUUCCAGGUGCCCACCGCGCACUCGGAGAUGCAGCCGCUGGUUUUUUUAAAUGUGUGUGUGCAUGGGCAUGCAUGUGUAUCCAUGUGCCUGUGAAGGCUGGAAGACGAUGUUGGAUCCCCAGGAGCUGGAGUUACAGAAGUUACUGAACCACCAAUGAAUGACCCAGCCGCCGCCUCUAUCUCAGACGGAGACUGUGACGCCCGGGAGGGUGAGUCAGUAGCCAUGAAUUACAAACCAUCCCCGCUCCAAGUGAAGCUGGAGAAGCAGCGGGAGCUGGCCCGGAAGGGUUCCCUCAAGAAUGGCAGCAUGGGCAGCCCUGUCAACCAGCAACCCAAGAAGAGCAAUGUCAUGGCCCGGACGAGGCUGGUCGUCCCUAAUAAAGGCUACUCCUCGCUUGACCAGAGCCCUGAUGAGAAGCCACUGGUAGCUCUUGACACAGACAGCGAUGAUGACUUCGACAUGUCCAGAUACUCUUCCUCUGGCUACUCCUCUGCGGAGCAGAUCAACCAAGAUUUGAACAUCCAGCUGCUGAAGGACGGCUACCGGUUAGACGAGAUCCCCGACGAUGAGGACCUAGAUCUCAUCCCCCCCAAAUCCGUGAACCCCACCUGCAUGUGCUGCCAGGCCACUUCCUCCACCGCCUGCCACAUUCAGUAGAGGGCGGGGUCGCGCGGCGCACGGGGCGGGACCGAGUCGGGCCAGGUGGGACGCGCGGCAGGGGCCAACCCCUACCCAGCUGGCCCACCGGUCCCCCUUACAGCCCCGAGCCCCUCACAGCCGCCAACCUCGUAACAGUCAUUGCUUCCUCCUAUGGUAGGACGUGUACCUCUGUGUGUUCAUGGAGCCGGAGAAACCAAAACCGGGGCUGGGGGCCGAGGUGGGAGGGGCACUGUUUGUUCAGUUACUUGGGGGAGACCACACCCAAGCACCCUGCCACCUCUCCCCGGAGCUGCAGUCAGGAGCAGCACUGAAGGCCUGGAGGCCAACUGUAAGCAGUCGGGUGAAGGUAUCACAAGGCCAGGGGUUUGGCCCCAUGCCAGUGAAGCCAUGAAGUCCCCAGCGCUAGCCUGGAAAGGAAGGAAAGAGGUUUGGAGAAGAAAAGGCCCCAAGCAAUGGGGACAAUUCUCAACACCUCAGAGCCCUUUUCCCCAACCCCCAUGCCAGCCCAUAUACCUAUUUGUGUUCCCCCUCAUCUCCAGAUGGGAAGCCAGGCAGCUCCGUCCAAAGGGAUGCUGUCUUCCCUCAUUAGAUCACUGCCUUCUCCCUCCCUCCCUCAAGUCCCCUUCUUCCUUAGUUCUGAGGACUGGGGCGGGGGUAAGGUGGGCCUAGAGAGAGGCCAGGUUUGGGGAUGUAUGGCCUGUUCUCAAGAGCCUUUAACCAGUGCAUCUGUCUCUCUGCCCCACCCCCCACCCUAGUCUUCUGGUUCUUGCUUCCAGGUUGGAAGCAAGCGAUAAGGCUGGCCUCCAGUUCCCAGUGCACCCUAGCCCAAGGUCCAGGAGGCUGGCUUCCAGAAGAGCUGUUCAAGAGCAAGCUUAAGGGAAUGCAGUGCACCAAGUGGCUGUAUGUAUGUGGGGUGCGUGUGUGUGUGUGUGUGUGUGUGUGUGUGUGUGUGUGUGUGUGUGUGACCUGUCUGUCCAGGUCAGCCUGAUAGGUAUGUGUGGAGGGAAGUGACUGUAUGAAAGGUGCAGUGGACAGGGCACAGCCUGGCAGUCAGAAGCCUGGGUUCUGGUGUCAGCUCUGUCAUUCCCCCUGAGCUCUUAAGCAGUUCCCAGGCUUCUCCAGGGCUUCAGUUCUCUCGACUGCAAACACAGAAUAGCUGACAUUACUGACACUCUGUGUCUGAAGAAAUUUCUUCACAGGAAUUUCUGCAGAGAGCUCUGAGAGCACCUAGGAGGCCCAAGGUGUGUGCUUGUGUAGACAUAGGAAGCACAUGCAGAUUUGUUUGGGAAAGGUGUGUGUGUGUGUGUGUGUGUGUGUGUGUGUGUGUGUGUGUGUGUGUGUGUGUGUGUGAUACAUACUGUUGCUUCUGCUUUUGCUGAUCUGGGGGAGGAAAGCUGAGACUGCAAGCCAAUGAAGAAGAGAUGGGAGCCCUCCUCUGGCUGGCAGUAUAGACUGGCCCUCAUCUGAAAACACAACCUCAGGCUGCUACUCUGUACCCCACCAGUCUCCUCCCAUCCAGCCAAAGAGUAGCUUCUCCAGACCUCCUGCUGACCCCCGUACAUGCUGGUGUUUCCGCAGCUGUGGCCGUUACUCUGUUACUUCUCCAGACCUCCUGCUGACCCCCGUACAUGCUGGUGUUUCCACAGCCAUGGCUGUUACUCUGUUACUCACAUACGGCUCUCUGGAUGCCGGUCCUGGUAUGCGGGAGCUAGAGUGGGUGUGGUGACAGGAAGGAGUGGGGCUGUUGACUUUGGAAGGGAAGCACCUCUUACACCACCAGGGGUGGCAGCCCACUCCAGAGCGUCGGAGUGUAGCUCCCCCUGCCCCAGAGCUCACCUCCCCAGUGCAGAGUUCCUAACUAGAUAAUGAGAAAAUGACAAAGGAGCCAAGUCAGAGAGAGCAUUGCAGGGGCCACAAGACCCAUAGUGGACCCCUCCGAACCCCCACCCCACCCUGGUUAGCAUCCCCACCACCUAUCAUUUGGGUCCCAGAACUAGAACUCCUACUACCCCCACCCCACUGGGCUCUUUGACUCACCCUUCUAGAACAUGGGUACCUCCUCUUUUUAGAUGGCUGCCUCUGCUGCUGACUUACUGUGGGAUUCUGGCCCAUUUGGUGUCUGUGGCCCUGAGAGCCUAGGGAAAGCGCCCUCCCCACAGGGCACCCUGGUUCAUUAGCAGGCAGGGGCUUCAGACAGAGACGGCAUAUACACAGCGUAGGAGUAGGGAGCUGCGUCCACAGAGAGUCCAAGGUUCCCCCCUCCCUGUCUGGAAGUUGAAGGGGAAGAGCCAGGGCCUUAGCUUGCCCCUGCUCCCCCACCCCUUGUAGAUACUGCCUUAACACUCCCCCACCCUUGGCUGUGGCUGCCACCCAGCCAGGUUUCUCCGAGCUCACUAAUUUAUUUCCAAGAAGGUGUGUGGAAGACAUGAGCCGUGUAUAAUAUUUUUUUUAACAUUUCCAUCGCAGUAUUGACCAUCAUCCUUGGUUGUGUAUCGUGUAACACAAAUAAUAUUAAAAGCAUCAAACAA